AUAUGUCUCAGAACCAAGAACUGAAGCUAAACUGGAGCAAACAAUAUUAAUAAAAAAACUGUUGUAGUAAAGAAGAAACUAAAUUUUUAGGGAUAUUAGAGAUAUUUAAAAUAGCCUUGAAGAAGGAGUGCAUUAAUAUAUGGGAUGCAGAUUCAUUAUUGUUUGCUUGGAAAACUUUUUAUGAUAACCAGAGGAAAAAAGAUUAUAGUAAUAACACAAUUGAAUGAUGGGGUGUUAAUAAAUGGUGAAAAAUAUAUUAGUAGUAAAGUUUAAAGUUCGUAAAUUUCAAAAUAGUUUAAAUUUUGAAUUGAAUUUGAAUGUAGAAUGCUAUAGAAUAAGCAUUCUAAAUGGAACACAUUUGUAACUGACCUGAAGCAGGGUAUUCAAGCUGUUUGAAAAUGUUUGUUGUUGUUAAUGUUCUAUUGGAAUAAAGCAAAGGUAGAUCUAGGUUGUUUAUAUCUAGCAGCAAAAUGUCAUUAUGCUGGUAAAGAGUAUCGCCAAGCUCUAGAUAUGUUAGAACAAACAAAUUUUAGAAGUAAUGACCAAAAUGAAUCAUUGAAAGCACAUGAAGAAAGAAAGUUGGAGAGUUCAAUUCUUCUACUUAAAGGUCAGUUGUAUGAGGCAAUGGACAAUCGAGGAUUAGCUGCAGAUUGUUUUCGUGAAGCUUUACGUUUAGAUGUUUAUUGCUAUGAAGCUUUUCAGUCACUUGUUCAACAUCAAAUGCUUUCUAAAGAAGAAGAAGAAGAACUUUUACAAUCACUACCAUUUUCCAAACACUGUGUGGAAAAAGAAGAAGCUGAAUUAGUGAAAUUUCUUUAUCAGACUCAAUUAAAAAAGUAUGAUCAACCAUCAGAAUUUGUUAUUCCAAAUGAAUUGAAUGGCCUCAAAGAUAAUUUAGAUUUGGCAACUGUAAUGGCAGAACGUUGCUAUUAUAAUUGUGAUUAUCAGCAAUGCUUUUCUAUAACAUCUGCUAUUCUUAAUAGAGAUCCAUAUCAUAAUCAGUGUUUACCAAUUCAUAUAUCAUGUUUAAUGGAAUUAAAAAAAUCUAAUGCUCUGUUUUACCUGGCACAUAAAUUAGUUGAUUUGUAUCCUGAAGGAGCCAUUGCUUGGUUUGCUGUUGGUUGUUAUUAUCUCCUUAUUAACAAAACUGAUACAGCUAGAAGAUAUCUUAGUAAAGCUACAACUCUUGAUUGUGUGUUUGGACCAGCUUGGUUGAUGUACGGGCAUUCUUUUGCUGUAGAAAAUGAACACGAUCAAGCUAUGGCGGCAUAUUUUAAAGCUUCACAGUUAAUGAAAGGGUGCCAUCUUCCUCUGUUAUAUAUUGGUUUAGAAUAUGGACUUACUAACAAUACAAAAUUGGCUGAACGAUUUUUCAAUCAGGCAUUAACUAUUGCCCCAGAAGAUCCAUUUGUUCUUCAUGAACUUGGUGUUGUAGCAUUUCAGAGUCAAGAUUAUACCAAUGCAGAAAAAUAUUUUAGAGAAGCACUUGAAAAAGUACAGACUAGUGGACAAACAGUUCUUCCAGAGAAAUGGGAACCACUAUUGAAUAAUUUAGGUCAUACUUGUCGAAAAAUCAAGAAAUAUGAAGAAGCAUUAGAGUUUCAUCAACAGGCUCUAGUUCUAGCACCUCAAAAUCCAUCUUCGUUAUCAGCAAUUGGUUACGUUCAUAGCUUAAUGAAAAACUGGGCCCUUGCUGUAGAAUAUUUUCAUAAGGCUUUGGGAUUACAAAAAGAUGAUACUUUCUCAACUAGCAUGUUAACUUAUGUAAUAGAGAAUCUUAUGAAUGUAAUUACUCCGUGCGAAGAUGUGCCCGAAGAACUUCCUUCGUAUGAAUUUUCUCUUUUAAGUCAUUCUGUUCGAGAUGAGAGUGGACACGGGGAAGGUCCCAGUGAAACUAGUAUGUCCAUAUCCAUAGAAGUCGAAAUGGAGGAGACAGAUCAAUGAAAGAAAAAAAUCUGAAUUGUUAUAUAUAA